AUGCCAGGCAGAGCAGCAGACGGUACGAAGGACGAAGCCGAUAAGGGCGCAGCGGCGAUCUGGCUGUACGAGCCGGCGCGCGUUCUUAUAUGCGCCGACUGCAAGGCCGCGAUCCGACCCGGGCCGAACAUCGCUCAGCACUUUAGGAAGACGCACGAGAUUAAAGGGGACGAGCUACAGGGGAUUCUAGAGCUAGCUCGGGCUCUCGCGGAGACAGUAGCCGGCACUGGCGGGCUGCAAGACCCGUACGCAGCAGAGCUCCCGGCGGACGGCAGCGAGCCGAUCCAGCAGCUCACGAUCCAGGCCGGG